AUUCUUAAAUCUUUCCAAUAAAACAAAUAUUUUAAAAAAGGUAUAUCAUACUGUAUUAUCAUGAUGUACGGUAAAAGCAAUUGUGGUUGAAAUUGAACGGACCAGCGUUCGAUCGACAUUAAUUCUGCUUCGAUCGACAAAAUUUGCGUGCCUGAAACAUGGACUGGAUCUCGAUAUGGAUCUCAAUUUCUUCAAUUACUCUCCUAUGGAUUCUCCGGCGACUGGUAAACUCCGGCAGCAGCAAGAAACUACCGCCAGGUCCGAUGGGGAUUCCGAUUUUAGGGCACUUUCAUUUAUUGGGAAAGAAUCCUCACCGCGAUCUGCAACGACUGGCGGAGAAGUACGGCCCGAUCAUCCACCUCCGAUUAGGCAUGGUUCCGACCGUCGUCGUCUCGUCGCCGGCCGCCGCCGAGGCGGUGCUAAAAACGCACGAUCUCGUCUUCGCCGGGCGGGUGCGCCACGAGGCGUCGAAAUACCUAAGCUACGACGGAAGGAACAUCGUGUUCGCGCCGUACGGCAGUUACUGGAGGAACAUGCGGAAAUUGUGCACCACGGAGCUUCUGAGCAGUUCUAGAAUCAACCAGUUUCAGGCGAUGAGGAAGGCGGAGUUAGGGCGGUUAAUUGGCGGUCUCCGGUCGGCGGCGGCGGCGGGGGAGAGCGUCGACAUAAGCGGCAGGGUUUCGAGCUUGAACGGCGACAUGAUAUGUCUGAUGGUUUUCGGGAGGAAGUUCGGCGAUAAGGAGCUGGACGAGAGGGGGUUCAAGGCAGUUGUGGAGGAGACGAUGGCGGUGGCGGCGCGGCCGAAUUUAGGGGACUUCUUCCCGGUGAUGGGGGCGGUGGAUCUCCAGGGGCUGCGGCGGCGGAUGAAGGAGCUGAGCGGCGCGUUCGAUGGGUUUCUGGAGAGGAUCAUUGAGGAGCAUAAGAACAAGGAAUCUUCUUCCAAGGAGAAUCAGGAUUUUGUAGAUACGAUGAUGGCGAUUAUGGAGUCCGGCGAAGCCGGAUUUGAGUUUGAUCGCCGCCAUGUAAAGGCUGUGCUCCUGGAUAUGCUAUUAGCAGGGAUGGACACUUCAACAACGGCAAUAGAAUGGACAUUGUCGGAACUAUUUAAACAUCCAAGCAUAAUGCAAAAGCUCCAAGAAGAAAUCGCGCAAGUUGUCGGCCUAGACCAAUUAGUCGAGGAAUCACACCUUGACCGACUCGACUACUUAAAUUUGAUCAUAAAAGAAUCGUUUAGGAUGCAUCCCGCAGUUCCUUUGCUGGUCCAUGAACCGAUGGAAGAUUGCGCGCUCAAUGGCUUCCACGUAGCCAAAGGAUCGCGACUCAUAGUGAAUGUAUGGUCUAUUUGUAGAGAUCCUAAUGUUUGGCAAUGCCCUGAAAAAUUCACGCCGGAGAGGUUUGUUGGAAGCCAUAUUGAUCUCCGGGGCAAUGAUUUUGAACUUAUACCGUUUGGGUCGGGUAGACGAGGGUGUCCGGGGUUGCAGUUAGGACUAACCGUGGUCAAGUUAGUCGUGGCGCAAUUAGUUCAUUGCUUUGAUUGGAAGCUUGAAGAUGAUGUCUUGAGCAUGGAAGAACACUUUGGUUUGGUUGUUAGUAGAGAAAAGCCUCUCCGAGCUAUUCCUACUUAUAGAUUGCAUAAAUGAAAAUUACUCUUAGAGUUCUUAUGACUUCUAUUUUCAAAUCAUAUAUGUAAUUAUUUAUAUGUGUGUAGAGUUAAUAUGUUUUGUUUGUUUAGAUUAAUUAUUGUAUGUAUUGUAUGAACUAAUUUUAUGCUAUGUUAAUUCACAUACUGUUUUAUAUUAUAUAAACAUAUAUAUUGUGUUGUCAA